ACACUUCAACACCUACUUCAGCUGCUGUCUGUUAACACAUGAGGAUGGGAGUUACAGGAGCCGUUUGUUACCAGCCUGGAGGCAUCCUGUGAGUGAUGGAUCCAGCCGGUGGCUGCUCCAUACUUGCUUGUUUCAACACCUGCCCGCUGAGAGGAGGAACCAUGAUCGACCUGAGCCACCUGACGGAGGAGGAGCAGGGGAUGAUAAUGACGGUGCUGAGGAGGGACGCCGAACUGAAGAAGGCUGAGGAGGAGAGAAUCAGGAGACUGGAGAAACUACUGGAUAACGGCUCGCAGUCGGACGCUGAGCUGAAGUACCUGACUGGAGAGUGGUUUUACGAGGCCAAGUCUCGCAGACACAUGGACAAGAUCCACGGCUCAGAGAUCAUCCUGGCCUCCAUGAAACAGAGGAAAGCUGGUCUAGACGGUUCUCUCAGAAUGGAACGAUCUAAAACACCCAGCAGUCAAGGUUCAGAUGGUGUCCCUCCGCCGAAACCUGCCAGAUGUUUUGAAGGACUACAGCCACAGAAAAUCAACGAUGCAGAAAAAGAAAAUCUAAAUUCAACGGUCCGCUCUCCAAGAACGUCUUUUUCUUUCAAGCCGAGGCACAACCCUUUCAACCGCGCUUCCCUUAUUGUUGUUGAGCCACCUGAAAAUGUUGAUGACACGCCAAUCAGCCGAGACCAGGAGUCAUCUGUGACAGAGCCCAUAUCUCCACUGAAGAUCCAACCAGCAGAGGCGAGUCAGACUUCAGGGGGCUCUGUCACAUCAGAGGGCUCCUCUGUAGGUUUCAGACCAGUGCCAAAGAAGAGGACAUUUCUCUCAAGACAAACGUCUUGUCAGUUAGAAAGCACCCACCUGGUGUUAGACACUCAGGGAGGGUCAGUGGGGAUUGUUCCCGCCCCAAGACGGAGCCUCCAGCGAGGGUCCAGUGAGAGCUCUAACCAGUCCUGCCUGAAGGGCCAAGAUGAAAUGUCUCAAAAAAGUGAUGUUUCUUAUCAAGUAUCUCAGUCUGCUCAGCCAUCCAAACCUCUAGAUGAAAUCUCCCAGCAGCCACUUUGUGAUGUAUCUCAGGUUUCGUCUAAUUCCAGUGUGGAGAGAGAAAGGAACCUAGCUUCUAUAACAAGAGACCGACCAGCCACAUACACGAGGAGUGAUGCGUCAACAGACAGAGAGAUCCCACAGAAGAACAAUGCACGAGAUGAUUGGACACAAAGAGAAUAUGAGGCGUCGAACACUGUCGUUCUGCAAACCGGCAGCAUUCAGGAUUCAGACGGAGGAAACAACAGCAGCGUAGGAGGAGCAACGAGGCAGGAAGAGCUGAGUUUACCCCAAAGCACUGUGGAUCCAGAACCACCAGUAUCUUAUGAUCUCAACUUCAUUGAUAUGUCUGAUCAGCAAGUGCCGAAGAAAUCAAGUCAGAAACACGCGUUUCAAUUAUCCACGCAGUCCACCAGUCCCACUGGUGAUGAGGACUCCAUUGCCAAGGUGCUGGACUGGUUCAACCGCAGCACAGACAGCCUUGAAGAUGAUGGUCCAAAGGUCACAAAGAGCUCUGUUAAACAUACAGAAAUCAGCAGAGGUGAAGAUUCAUUACGACAGGAUGUUGGGGAUAUAAUAAGUGAUAGAAAGAAUGAAACUCUUGAAAUGAGGAGAAAUCCCUUACAAAGACAGACCACUGAGGCUUUGGAGUCAAGAGCAACAGACAGAACAGGCAACAGGGAAGUGAUCGAAACACAAGAAGACGGUAGCAAGGAUAACAGAGAAAGAAUGCGGCCAGCAGAAGUUAAAGAUAAUACGGAUGAAAGCCAACCACCCCAAAUCUCUCAUCUGAUGUCAUUCUGGGAGAAAAGCAAUCCAGGACCUAAAAUUCUUAUCAGCAAAUCAAACACACCUGGCGACAAAGGACGAAAACCUGUUCAUCUCUCAGCAGAGAAAGACGAGAAGAGAGUGAACAAACCUUACAAAGCACCUGAUAUGCCCUCUGUGCCCGGAAUAUACAAUGAGAAGGGAAUUUAUUAUACGGACCAAAAAAAUAAUGGGGACGAUGCACAGUUAAAUAAUAACCAAGAGGUAGACAGUCUGGUUAUGAAUACUUAUGACCCAAAAUACAACUCAGAUUAUUUAAAAUCAGCAGCCAGACAGAUAGCUGACAGAAGAGAAUCAGACACAGAGAUUUUAUGUGUAAGUCCACAGCCUAAAACACCAAUCAACCUUCCACAACCUGACAGUAUUUCCCAAUCAAGAGAAACCACACUGCAAGACGAACUGUCCAGAAUUGUUCCUGUAUCUCAGCUGGAGAUGGAUCUGGACUCUGAUAAGUUCUGUUCAUCCAAAAAUACCCCCUACAUGGACUACAAGAAAGGCAAUAUACAAGUCACCUCCAGAGCACAAAUUUCAAGUGAAGAUGUAAAGACGAGGGACAGUGAGGAUAAAAAUGUGCAAUCAAGCAUGUCUCCUAAACGAAAGGAGGAUAAAGACAGACUAAAUAGUCCUCGCUCAAACAGACAGAGCAUAUCGCAUCAAGAAAGUACUGCAGAGAAGAUAAAGCAGCUCAAAUCUUUCUGGGAGCAGGAGGGGAACAAGCCUACAUUUUACACUGGGAAACCUAAAGCUCUUGGGGAUGGUAGAGUCGCUCGUGGUUCAAAUCAGGCAAAACUGAAUAAAAGAUACACAAAGUCGGAGUUUGAUCUGACGUCAGUUGGAAACGAUUAUGACAGUGAUGAGGACCCCUCGGCAAGAAAUCAUCCUAACUUUACUGUUCUUCCUUUGAAUCAGAGAAUAGAAAAGUCGUCCCCUAAUCUGGGCACGAGCCGAGCACAAUUUAAUACUCUGCGUGAGUUUUGGGGUGAUGCAACAUCAGAUAACAAGGGACCAUUUCCCUUUGACAAACCCAAAAGUCCAAAGAGGAAAGAGCCGAUAAAAUCUCAGCUUUCAUCUCAGGAGUUAAAGUGUGGUGACCCAGAGAUAUCAGAGACAACACGACCAGCUCUCAUGAGGUCAUCUCCACCUCUUCCGAAUCGAUCAAAGCUGCCUCAUGAUAGACAACCGGGGUCAAGAGCAAUGAAUGGCGGCAAAAACAAUCUGUCUCAUUAUACGACAGCUGAGUCCAAAAGGAGCUCUAAAGACUCAAAUAAAGAGGAGAAAUCCACAAAAGUAGUAAGCAGCCCUGGAAGAGAGAUUCGUUCUCCAAAGAGCAGAAAAGACAGCUUUAGCAAUUCGAGUAGUCGUGGAAGUUCCAUGCGUCGUGCCACUAGCAUGUUCGCUCUGAGCGUUCCUGACAAUGAAGAGCUUAUAAUCGAUGUAAGCCCCGUCCACUCCCACAGCAGAAAGCAGAGGCAGAAUGCAGAGAAAGGCGCCUCGCCAAAAAGAUCACAAGAGGAUACUGAGACUCUGACACCACGUGCACGGGCAUGUGUGCCAAGAGACUACCGGCAUUACCUGGGCAUGACAGAUGACAGCAGCGUCCACACCUCCCUCGCCCCAGCUGUGAAGGAUGAGGGGCCAGAAAGGAAGUCUGGGUAUGAGUUUGACGUGAGCAUGCCGAUGAGGACCAGCACUCCAGUGAGCUCCGAGGAGCGAUACACCAGGAGGGGCGGCAAGACAAGCCAGCGCCCUCUGUGGACAAACUACAGCAGCUCAGACGCGGGUCAGGAGUCAUCUGUGAGCAGCACGUCUGAUACCCGGCCCACCUCGAGGAACAGUUCAACCCGGGAAUAUGAUCAUGAGGACUUAGACCUUGUAAGGAAAGCAUUGAGGCGAGCAGAAGCACGGCCUAAAAGCCUGGCUAAAAGUGUGGAGGACAUCACAGCAUCCUUAUCACCACGACAAGAACGAAGGCAAGACCCAACUGAUGAAUCCAGACGCAUUAGUGACGUUUCAUCCAUCCCAUCGUAUUCUUCAUCCUUAUAUUCGGAUCUAGAGCAACUGAAGAAGAUGAGCAAAUCAGUUCCUUCAUUCUUACAAGAGGAGGACCUUGGCAGAGACAGUGACUCCAUCUACGAGGACAGUGACCUCCAUGGAAGACUAACGAUGAGCAGCUCUUUGAGUAACCUCACCAGCUCCUCUGGCAUGGCGACUUCGUCUUCUCUGAGUGGAAGUGUGAUGACCAUGUACAGCGGGGACUUUGGGAAUGUGGACGUUCAGGGAAACAUCCAGUUUUCCAUCAACUACAUCCAUAAGCUCAGAGAGUUUCACAUCUUUGUGGCUGAGCUCCACGACCUGGCUGCUGUCGACCCAAAGCGGGGCCGUUCAGACCCAUACGUCAAAAGCUACCUGGUUCCUGACAAAGCUAAUCUGGGGAAGAGGAAAACAUCUGUCAAAAAGAAGACACUGAAUCCAACUUUCAACGAGAUCCUCAGAUAUCGUGUUCGCAUGGAGUACCUUCGAACCCAGACGCUCAUUCUCUCAGUUUGGCAUCACGACACCUUUGGCAGGAACAGUUUCCUGGGCGAGGUAGACGUGGACCUCUCUAAGUGGGACUUUGACCACACCCAGAUGAACUACUUAGCCCUGAAAGCAAGGACCGCACCCACUCUAGAGCCAUCACAUGGUCGAGGAGAGAUGAGACUAGCCCUGCGUUUCUUGCCACAGAUCAUCCACAGUGAAGGAACGAUUAAAGGGCUUCCAAACACAGGAGAGGUUCACAUUUGGGUGAAAGAAUGCAAGAACCUGCCUCUAAUCAGAGCCGCCAUCGACCCAUAUGUUAAGUGCUUUGUGCUGCCAGACACGAGCAGGAGGAGUCGGCAGAAGACGCGUGUGCUGCGGAGGACAGUGGACCCUGCGUUUAACCACACGAUGGUGUACGACGGCAUCAGAGAGGCUGAUCUAUUAGAGGCCUGCGUGGAGCUCACUGUCUGGGACCGGGACAGGCUUGCCAGCAAUCUGCUGGGCGGCCUAAGGCUUGGCGCUGGAACAGGCAAAAGUUAUGGUGCACCGGUGGACUGGAUGGACUCAACUCCCUAUGAGGCAGCCCUAUGGGAGCGCAUGAUGACCACCCCGAAUGAGUGGGUGGAGGACGUACUCCCAUUAAGAGUGCUAAGCUCUGCAAAAACUACUUUCAAAUAAGACAAAGUAAACCAAACUGCAAAUACACUACAUUCUUUGUGAGAUAUAAACAGAAUAAAUGAAAGAUAAACAUAUAAAUUCAGUCAGGAAAAGCUUCCAAAACCCUGAUGAAAAACAAAAUAAAGUGAAGACAUCGGAGUGAAAAACUGGAAUCAACCAGCUGUAAUUUUACCCUCCAAAGGUAUAACACCCUUUUCCAUUAAAUGGUGAAAACAAACACCCAUGGAGAAUAAGUUUUGUAUAAAUCCAGACACUGGCACAGUUCGAGCUAUUCUUGGAGAAAUAAUGAAGAAGAAAUUUAAGACACCCACUGGUCUUUGUGUUUGUUUACGGUGUUCAAACAAAGAAUGUCACCGGGAAAAAAAUUGAACAAGGAGCUGGAUUUUGACUACAUCUUUUGACAAUUCACACAAUAUGAAGAAGGUCCACCAUUCUGUCUUGUUAAGUGAUUUAUUUGCCAUAAUGUGCAACACUAUAUGUUUAGUCCCUAAAUAUCUCAUGAGCCAAAUUAUCAAGAUCCAAUCUCAGUGAGCUUUUAUUAGGUAAACAUGUGAUGGAAAAAAGAGUGGGAACAAUAAAAAAAAUGUAAAUGUUUACUUAACCAGCUGUAUCUUCUGAAAACCACACUUUUGUGACUAACUUUUAUUUUGACAGUAUUGUUAUAUCAAAUUGAAUUUGCAUACCUGCAUGUCUGACACAAAAACUGUUGCACUUACUCAUAUUAACCAUAAGUGAAAGUAAAUAAAUUAAAUGCA